AUGUCUUUCUUAUUGAAAACCCCAAUAUCAGGUCUCUUGACCGGAUUGAUGGUCCCCCCAGUACUUACUAAGCUUGUACUUGAACCGGUUUUGAUUCAGAAAAAAUACGACGAAAUUGACAAAAUCAAACACGAUUUGGACUUUGUAGGAUGGCAUGUUCGAAACCUUGAAGAAUCUUAUGGCUUUAAAGAGGCUGACGUUUACAUCCCCGUCAGUUACUUUCAAGGAAGAUACUAA